GUGACUUCUUAAUGUGUAUCUGAUAAGAUAGAUAUAUAAGUAUGAACGGUCCAUCAGCGAACAACCCAUUUCUCAGUUCAGUAAGAGCUCUCAACUCAUUAGACCUGCAAAAAGUAUUGAUGAUAGCAAGGCACCUUUAGUAAGGAAUGAGAGAUUAAGACAACUAUCCUCACACUGAGUCACCCUUGUUAAGCUUCAGGUUAUGUAGAUGGCCACGAUUUAGACUAUGACCACUCACAGUAUUUCUGAAAAAGAAAGCAAGAGUCUGUUUGAGGAAGAAUUCCAAGAUUUAAACCAGGUAAGGGAAGACAAAGAUUACUCUGCUAGUGAAAAUCUUGAAAAAAGCAAGUCAUCUAACUUUAAGGACAAUCUCUCUUCUACAAAAAUGCUUUCUUCUGCUGAGAAUGAGAAUAAAAAUACAGAUGAUGUAGACAAUGAAGGGAAAGUUGAGGCUGAUUUUGACGAGUGUGAAAUAAAAAUGACAAACGAGAGCAGUAAAGUUGGUGCCUUGGGCAAAAGACAACAUGAUAACGGGAUCGGGGCAGGUCAUUAUGCCUUUAACUUUGACGACAUAGCUGCUUUUAAUCUUCAUCAUUACAAUUUGAUGCACCCCUUUCACAGCAGUGAGAACCUCUGUCCUGACGCAUCCAAAUUAUUGAAGGGAAUUUUGCAGAACAGAGAGGCCUGGUUGAAACAGCAGAUUCCCCAGAAGCUGCAGACCCAGAGGCAAAGAUACAUUGAGCAACGCGCUGUGACCAAGAUGUUGACCACAGGCACACUUCCUAACUCCAGCAGCUUUAUGGAUAACCUUUAUGGAAGUCACCCACGCCUCGGGAGUGAACAAAUGGAACCAGAGAAAAGUUCCCCACAGACUGGAAGUCCUUAUGAGUCUGCUGAUGAUCUUUCAGAUCAAGAAAAUGACAAUGAGUUUGAACUGAUGGACAGAAAUGAAUCAAACGAUGGUGAAAAAGAUGAAGAUGAGGAGGAGAAAGAGAAGACAGAAAGUGAAAAUGGUUCCCAGGAUAAAACAAAUGGUGACUAUCCUUCAAAUGUAGAGGAGUCCAAGGAUGUGAAACGGGCACGAGUGGAGAAUAUUAUAACUAGUAUGCGUACCCAAUCUAGCCAGGACCCUGAUGGGGCAGUGACUAGCCCACAAGAAAAUAGACGAAAGCGUAAACAGAGUCAACCUCAGCAGCACGAAGCCAGUAAACACAUAAGUGGUGAACACCAGUUAAAAUAUCGUAAAGUUCAAUGUGACCAGAUUGGGGAGCAGCUGAAACAGAUGCAGAGACAGUUGCAACAAAUGUAUCAACAAUAUGCACAGCUAUAUACCCAAAAUGCAGAACAAGCUGGACUUUUUGAAGUGGAUGACAUUCCACAAGUUAAAAGCAGUCCGAUUAAAGAUAAUUUUGAAAAUCACAAGGAUACUAUUGAUCCUACAUUGCUAAAAGAUGAGAUGACAAGAAGACCUUACAACAAAUCAAAAGAAGAAAAAGUGAUGUCAGCCAGUUACAAAUCUGAUGCCAUGCCCGAAAAUCUGCAAGAACUUGCAAACACACUGAAAAGUGAAUUUGUGAGAGCCUUGGAUGACAUGGUGGAUUCCAUUGUGUCAAAGGUUCUGGCCAAGAAUAAGUCGCUUUCCCUGAAAAAGGUGGCUGGAGGCACUGGUUUUUCAUCCAAUGGCUCGCAUCAUCCUCAAGAUCAGCAGCAGAAACAGUCACCUCAACAACAGCUCCACCGGCCACAGCUCCCAUAUCCACAGCGAGAUGACAGAAAACUGAGCCCCAUGGUCACAUUGGGAAAUGAAGUUCAGAGGCCAUUCGAACUCCCUCAGUGUAAAGUCACUGAGGGUCAUCGUGCUAAUCCAGAGAGGUUUCCCCGUGGGUUCCUAGAGAUUCCUCGUCCAAUUCCUGUCCAUGGGUUGUAUCCUCAUCCUUUCUACUACCAUCACACUCAGGUGCCGACUCCUACCUCAAUUCCUCUUCCUCCUCGUGAGCCUGAACAGACGGAGGCCCUGCCACUGCUGGUGACGACCCCACCUCCAAAGAAGAAAAGGACAAAGGUCACUGAUACUCGUCUAUCACCUCGUGCUGCCAGGGCCUUGUUACAGGAGCCCGUGCCCCAUCAGGAUCCCGAGGACAAGCCAGCUGGACCAAGCCAAAGAGAGCCAUAUCAUUCUAUGAUACCUUCAUCACUUCCAACAAGUGUAGCCAUUCCAAACCCGAGUCUACAGCACUCUGAUGUCAUGUCGCUUCAUUCCUAUGGCGAACACAAUGGCGUGUUUUACCAUGGCAACAGGCCACAGACAAGUGACCAUUCCCCCCCUAUUGGUGACCAUAGCUCUCCCAGCUUGACUGCCCACACUCCAACUGAAGGCAGCAUGCCCAGGGGAUUCCACAUGAAACAUGAGCAGCAGUCAGACUAUACUGGUAGUCCUCACAGUGACAUCCACUCCUAUGACAACAUGCAGCUGACCAGUACACUGACUCCAAUGCAUCUUAGGAAGGCCAAACUCAUGUUUUUUUACGUGCGCUACCCAAGUUCUGCCAUUUUAAAAAUAUAUUUUCCGGACAUCCGCUUCAACAAGAGCAACACAGCCCAGCUUGUGAAAUGGUUCAGCAACUUCAGGGAGAUACUAAAAGUUCCUCCACAGAUCACACAGGGAUGGGAAAAUUACCGUUUCAGGGUCAUCAGUUGAAAGUAAUGGGUUGUUCAGAGGGAAGUGAUGAAGUGUCAAGUUACCCUUGGCAGUUUUAGAAACCUGGAUUAUUUUAUUUUCUAAUUUAUAUUUUUUUCAAUGAAAAAAAUUGUAGAAUUGACUGUUGCCAAUUGAAUGCAACAUUGGAUGUCCUGUAUACAGCAGAUGAUAUGCCUAAAAAUUGAAACCUUUAUUUCCUUAUUUCCUGGGUCAUAUAUUAAAUAUCUGGUCAUUUGAUUUUUCUUUUGAAAAGUGCAAAAUGACCUACAAGCCAGAUGGAUCAAUCAACUUGCUUUGCCAAGAGCGAAAUAUACAAAGGUGCUUUAACAUCCUCAAAUGUUCUUAAUGUUAGGGUACCUGUAUUCCAUCAUUUCCAUGACUUGUUCAUUUUUUCUUAGAUAAAGUUGUGGUGAUUUUGGGAUAAAACAUAUUUGCCCUAUGGUCACAAAUGACUUUAUGUGAUGCAUGGAAAAAUUAAGUGUAUGUUAGAAAUGUGACUCUAUUGUUAAUCUAUUUCUAGGAUACAGUAUGUCCUAAUAAUAUCCUGUUUCUCUGAAAAAAUAAAGCAAAUCUUCUGACAACUUUUUUCAUCAUAUUUUUAGAAAUUCUACUCUAUCCAAGUGACUAUUUGUAGCCACUAAAAAGGUUUAAAAACUUGAAAAAAUAAAACAAAUAUUUAUAAAAUGACUUCUAUUUUUUCAAU